GUAGGCCAUCAUUAAUGAGAAGUCUCUGUCUGUCUCUCUGUCUCUUUCUCGCUCUCUCUCACCCCUACUCCCUCUUUGAACUCAAUGAUGUUGAACUUCUGUGGUGUCUUUUCCUUAAAAGUUGAAGUUUUCAGGUCCAGACCCUGUACCAAAUGGAUUAUCAACUCCUGGAGCUAUUUGAAAUGGUCAGGUCGUAAAACAGAUGAAAAGACUGGGAUGGGACAUUUACAUGUUACAAAAGAAGGACUUCGACUGGAAGGAGAGUCAGAAUUCUUAUUCCCUUUGUAUGCCAAAGAAAUUCACUCUAGAGAGGACUCAUCUCUACUUCUACAGUCUGCUCAUAAUGUGACUGUGAAUGCUCGCAAUUCAGAUGGUGAAGUCACAGGCAGAUUAAACGUGGGUCCUAAAAUGGUAGAAGUCCAUGGUCAGCAAUUUCAGAUCAACUCCGUAGAUGGCAAGCCACUUUUUACAGUGGAUGAAAAUGAAGUUGUCGUUGGUACAGAUAAACUUCGAAUCACAGGGCCAGAAGGGGCCCUUUUUGAACACUCUGUAGAGACACCACUUGUCAGAGCAGAGGCUUUUAAACCGCUUAGAUUGGAAUCACCAACUCGGUCUUUGAGCAUGGAUGCACCAAAAGGGAUUAAUAUUAAAGCACAAGCUGGCAAUAUUGAAGCUCUCUCUCAGAUGGAUAUCAAAUUGCAUAGCAGUGAGGGAGUGACUCAACGCUGAAGCCCCAUCCUUUUGUAGAGGGUACUGCUCAAAAGUCACCUAGUGUGGAGCACCCACAGGGACACUACUCGAAGAAGAACAGGUUUCUUACCCUGUGCAGUAACUGUGGUUCUGCGAGAUGUGUCCCUAUUACUGCUGCACUACCCGCCCUCCUCGCCUCUACUUUGGAGUUCUUUACAACAGGCUCUGCAGUAGAAAAGAAACUGAGGAUGGUUUGCCCGCACAGCUCUAUAUAGCCUUGGUGCAGGGCACAAGACUGCAGGGAGUGCAAGACAGAUGCUGCUACCUAAAAUUUCCCAAUCUGAGCUGCAUGGAGCACAAGCACACCUAGAGCAGAGCACCCAUAGGGACACCAUCUUGAAGUUCCUGCACAGGGUGAGUAACCUUCUCUUUUGGAGCAGGGGGACUGGAUUCUGGGCCUCCCACAUUGGGUGGGAGUGCCCUAACCACCAGGCAAUA